UUCCUCUCCACAGCGUCCAAACAUGGCGGAGAAGGACGAAGAAAUUUGCUUUAAAAAGGACACAAUAAGCAAACUCUUGUCUAGUCUCUUCAAGGAAGAUAAAACCAAACUGAGUGGUGAUGCUGUGCUGCUCAUGGCUGAGAUGCUAAAAGUAUUUGUCCAAGAGGCUGCUGUGAGAUCACAGAAACAAGCUGAAUCUGAGGACUGUGACCAAGUAGAUAUUGAACAUUUUGAAAAGAUCCUACCACAGCUGCUUCUGGACUUCUAGCACAAAGAUGCCACAAGAUGGAGCCACAGUGCUGCCAGCAUGGGCCUGUUUCAAGCCUACACUCCCUACAGCCACACGUUUUGCUUUCCUGAUGUUUAUUUUGCUAGUAUAACGACAGCUUCAGAAUCACCCAAAUGUGAGAUAACAUCAAGAUUGUCAUUGUGUUUAUAUUUCCGUUUUAUGAUUUUUAAGUAGAAAGCAGCAGUGCUGUCUGUACGCCACCACACCACCACCAGUAAGGGCCACCUGUGCUCCUCUGUGCAACAACAGGUGCUUCCAGCAUGCUCCAUGGUGCCCCUCAUCAAAGCCUCCAGGAGCAGUUGGAAGCAAUUAGAGUAAUAAGGGGAGCAGCCAGUCCCUUAGAUGAUGACAAGUGCCAGGAAAAAACUAGUACCCCCUCCGGCCACUUUGAAGUUCCCUUUUGCUGUCCUGCGAUGUUUAGUUAGAGGUGGGGGGAAGGGCAAAGGGGACCUCUGGCACAGGGGAAAGUUGAAUGGGAGUGUGUGUGCACGUAUGUGUGCAUGUGUUAACUAAACAUGGCCAGAGACCACACGCAUAGAUAUUCUAUUUGAAAGGAAACAUAACAAAACACAUUGGAACAUGGUCCAAGAAGAGCAGGGUGUAAUUCUAAAGGUAAAUAAACAAAAGAGGCGAGUAGUAGAGGUGCUUUCUCUACUUUCAUCACAGCAGAGGGGGACAUUGGGCCUACAAGCGAGAGGGUAAUGUGGGGUUUUCUAACCCAAGUGGCUCUGAUGGUUUUCCACCAGUGGUGCAUUUAACCAAUGUGUCCUCACUAUGAGUCAGCAUAGCUGUAUAACACCUCACACUAUUUAUUUGUGUGGCUCUUGGGUGACUCACUGUGCUUACGAACGCUGCUCACAUACAGCUGGAAGCAACUUAGGCGAAAGUCAAGGAUCCAGGCUCAAAUAGGUGCUCAAGGACACAGCACCUGGAAUUUGACCUAGCACUUUCUCAGUAAGGCCCAGGCAGGAUUUGUGUUUCCCAGGGGUAGCUUCCAGAGCAGGCCUUUGGGAGGAAGUGUGUUUGGGUAAAUAAGUGAUGUUUGGGGUGGAAAACAACUUUUUCAGUAGUAAAUGAUUUACAAAAUGUAAUAUUGCAGUUGUGUUUUCCUUCUUGUUAGCUAAUAUGAAAAGAAAUAAUCUGAUUUUAAAAGUACAAUUUACCCGUAUUCAUUACCACAGUAAGAAACUCAUUAGUAAAAGUUGUAAUUUCGUGCCGAGCUAUCGUAUUGUACAGGCUCUCUGGAGGUUUACUCAAUUUGAAAUGGAUCUUUCCCAACUGUAAUUCUUGCGUAUGAAAUAAAAACACUUAUUUUCUUGGAUCUCCCAA